GAAGCCAGGAACUAGGGAGCUGUCCCUUCGAAACGGGCAGUCUCUAUCUAGCUCGCUAGCUUUACAUUGCGGGCGGCAAAGAUGCCACGCGGCGCCAAGCCCGCGGCUUCGUCGAAGCCGAACCCCUUCGACUCCGACUCCGACUCCGAGUCCCAGCCCGCGAAGAAGUCCUCGGGCGCGUACCAGGCCCCCGCCGACGCCAAGAAGCGGUACAAGGACGGGUUCCGCGACGCCGGCGGGCUGGAGAACCAGUCGGUGGAGGAGCUCGAGCACUACGCGGCGUACAAGGCCGAGGAGACCACCGACGCGCUCGCCGGCUGCCUGCGCAUCGCCGAGGACAUCAAGCAGGACGCCACCGACACGCUCAUCACGCUGCACAAGCAGGGGGAGCAGAUCAGCCGCACGCACGAGAAGGCCGUCGAGAUCGACCAGGACCUCACCAAGAGCGAGACCCUUCUCGGGAGCCUUGGAGGGUUCUUCUCCAAGCCAUGGAAGCCCAAGAAGACGAGGAAGAUCAAGGGACCUGCCGAGGUGUCUCGAGAUGACUCCUUCAAGAAGAAGGCGAGCCGCAUGGAGCAGAGGGACAAGCUGGGGCUGAGCCCCCGAGGCAAGAACGCCAAUCGCCAGUACGGCGAGGCCACCAGCGCCAUGGACAAAGUUCAGGUUCGUCAGUGCUCUGCGCGCUAAUGCAGCGUCUAUAUGCC